GGUCUAAAUGGCACCAGGGCCCGCAAAGCAAGGACCUUCGUUUGAAUAUGCACACCACGUUAGAACCUCACAGUCGGGAUCUUAUCCCUUGAUCAAAGGACAAUGCUUGUGUCGAAUGUCGAGUGGCCCACCCGUGACUCGGACGACGAUACGCAACCCAACGCCUUGGAACCCUUCGAAGGAUUUGUCCAGUCCGGUAUCGACGGCGCGCUCGAGUGGCUCGAAAUGUCGCGCAUGACAGGCAUGGCAAUGCUGCGGUGCGUCCCGUAGGCUGUUUCGUGAAGGCAGCGGAUCGCAAUAUUUGGACGCGCUGUGCUUGAGUCUGCUGUCACCGCCGCGUAGUGCGACAAGACGUGCGCCCUGCGGCCGGCGCAACAGGUCGUCAAUUUGCUAGGGCGCGUCAGGGCCAGCCUGUGACAGCCAAUAGUCGAACGGACGGCAGAUCAUACGUGGGGCGAUUGCACAGGUGAGU